CCGAUCUACCUCUGGUGUUCCUGCUCCCUCCUCAGUAUCCAUGCGUCUCUAACCCAGCGACCUUAUUCCCACCCAUUCUCCAGAUCGUCUCUCCUAUCGUACCCAUUCAACAUUACGUCUUCGGGGUGAAGAACCACCUUGGGUCUCUGAUUCGACUUCUCUCAAUUUCUCUCCAGUUUGGGAGCGGUCUCUCCGUUCGUCAGUCCAAUGGUCUAACCACUCACGAACGUUGCGUGUGCCUUCUGGUAUCAUAGACCCGUGAGAUUCCCGUGCCCAGCAUGGCUCCCAGCAUGGAUAUGGGCUUUUUGCCCAAGAUCAAAUGCUCCAAUUGCGGGAUCGAUGUCGAGAUCUCUGCCAUGGGAGACCAUGUGUGUGCCAAAUCAGAUCCAAUUCCCCCACAAUCACCGCCUCGCCCUCCUUCGAAGUCGAGCAUUGGAUCACCCCCCAAAGCAGGCAAUGCGUGGGCUGCCAGAGCUGCGAGGAUGAAUCCUCCGCCACGUAUUGACCCUUUGGCAGCCAAUCGGCCGUUUCUGCGCCCGCACAGUCCCCUAGACAACAAAGACCUCCUCGUCCCAUCCCCUCUCUCCACCGCUACUUCAGGCGAACCACGCUCGCCGCUGCGUCCGCUCCAACGUAGCCAGACUUCACCUCUGCCAGAAGAGCCACAAUCCCCAGACUCAAUCAACAUGGAAACUGCAUUUGCCUCAUUUCCCCUGCCUCGAUCGAUGUCGGACAGACGUCCAAAUGCCGGUUUGGACUCCAUGGGAGCAGGAAGGGUUGCCCCUCUCCAGCCAGCACGACAUGCUAGCAGCAUGAGUCGAGAUAGUCAGAACGCACCCGUUGAGCUGCCGGCCGAUAACGAAAUACCACCUCCUCCAAUACCCAAAGACGGCCCUCCUCUCCCCGGCGUCUCCCACAGAUAUGGAGCAUCGAUUGAUAGCAAGAGCAGCUAUCGAACCUCGGUGGCUAGCACGCGGUACAGCGACCAUCGGACCUCCAAACGAUCGGCCUCCAUGUCCAGCCGGCGCCCCUCGUUCGGCAGCGUAUCCCGCGAACACCUACAAUUUAUUGACGAAGAAGCUCCCCCGGUGCCGCCACCAGCACCUCAGAACUUGCUACUUCCAACACGACUCUCUGGAGCCGAGAUUGCCGAGAAUCCGGAAGGACGAGGUGAAAUCUACAGCGGAUUUGAUUUUGGCGUGUCAGCCCGGCCAAGCAGUGCCAAGGCUGAGAUCGAUCAUGUCGGGGCCGGGUCGCUUCGAGUAUCGUCUCACACAAAUCGUAGCUCCGACAGACUGAGCAGCAACCGCGGAUCAGCGGAGCUGUUCUUCCAAAGUCCUACCCCAAGUCCGAAUGAGGCCCCCGUGGACUUUGAGCUUCCGGAUGAGCCAGCAGCGUCCCCUGCCGCCCCCUCCAGCGUGGAGUACAAGGCUUUCAAACCAGUGACUUCGGAGCUCCCGCAGCCGGCCGAUGCAGAAUCCGCAAGUGCUCCAGAAGAAGGCAACAAGCAAAGGAAAGAUUCUGAUUCUGCAAGCGAGAGCAAUAUCUCUGUGUCCAACUUCGCCCGGGCUCUGGGGCUCGAUGUUCCGGAUCAUGCUGCCGAGAGCUCAAUCACGUCGUCGGAUUCAUCGCCAUCUGACACUCGCAGCGGCACCUCCUUCUCUAGUCUCCCGUCGGAAGCAAGUCUCUCGCGGAGGCAACCUUCGGACCCCAGCCGCCUUGGCUCGGUGGUAGAAGAGCUCAAGGGUGGCCAACGCUCGAAGGAGCCCGUGCUAGACGAGCUUGUCACAGAGAGUCCGAUUGAUCUCGAGCCUCCUCGCAUCACAGAGCACCUGUUCAGCCCGGAUUCGCCGACCGACCCAGCCAUCUCUCAGGGGAGCUUAUCGCUCGUUUCGGAGAAACUGCCACGAAAAGCAGAUGAUCAUCAACCCGAGCGACCCACUCUGCUCCGCUCUGUGACGGCACCAGCCCCGUCCCCGGCCCCGGCCCCUCGCCCGUCCCCACGCCCGAAGGGGCCUUGUCGCGGGUGCGGUGAGAUGAUUUUAGGCAAAUCCGUAUCCUCGGCCGACGGCCGUCUCACCGGCCGGUACCACCGUGCCUGCUUUGUUUGCUUCCAAUGCAAGACGCCCUUCCAGACAGCGGAUUUCUAUGUCCUUGAGGACCGACCGUUCUGCGCUCAGCAUUACCACGAACGCAAUGGCUCGCUCUGCGCUACAUGUCACACGGGUAUUGAGGGGCAAUAUCUCGAGACGGACGAACGUCGCGGUCGCGGUCCGGGCGACCGUCAGAAAUUUCAUCCCGAGUGCCUCAAAUGUCGCACCUGCGGCAUUGCUCUGAACGGAGACUACUUUGAGUGGUAUGGCCAGGUUUACUGUGAGCGCGAUGCUCGACAAGCAGCGGCUGCAUCGAUGCCGCCCCCUCGGCCCCCUCGCUCGCCCAUGCCCAUGUCUCCGAUGGGACCCCCUGGUGGUCGUGGCUACCCACCACCUCCGGGGUACGGUGGUCGCGGUCGAGGCCGUCCGCCGCCUCCUGGCCCUCGUCCUGGCUCCUCUGCCAGCCAAGCUCCUCCUAUCCCGAUGUUGCGUCCGCCAGGGCCUGGGGACGGGCCGUAUGGAGCAAUCGGCGCCCUUCCCAGCUCUCGACGCUUCCCCGAACGACGCACCACCAAAUUGAUGAUGAUAUGAUGAUUAUAAGUACAUUGAUGGACGUGAUUCCAGCCAACAUCCAUAAUUUCUAGUUUCCCUCCUCACCACUCGAGAGGAUGGGCCCUCCUCGCCUUACGGUUUUCGCUGUUCUUCCUCGCUCAAGCCUUUUACUGCGAUGACCUUAGACUCUCUUUGCUUUAUACCCUUUUUGUGGUUUUCAUGUUGAUAGAGUGUUGGUUUCUUG